AAGGGGAGGAGAUAUGGAUAGAUGGAAAUAUUAACAACUAGCAAGAUGGGGGGCUGCAGCUAGCAAGAAGGUCAUUACUUCCAAAGUCGAAAUCUCCAAGAUGAAAGGAAUGAAAAAGAUUGAAUCUUUCUUGAUUAGUUAAAUGCUUAAACAGCAAUGCAACAGAUAAUAAUUAUCUGUCUUUCCUUGCCGGCCCUGCAACUAUAUAAACCACACAAGCUCUCUUGACAACAACUUACACAAGAUAUAUAGCCACCAGGCCCACCACACAAGGGAGAGAAAGAGAGAUAGAGAGGGAGGGAGAGAGAGAGAGAGAGAGUGGCUGCUUCAGUAACAUCUUCCAUGAAUCUUCAUCUUCAUCUUGUUCUGGUUCUGAUCUUUGCUGGAGCAGCUUCUUCUUCUUGGGCCCGGGUCGAACCAGGGCAAUUGAACAGGGAGGUGUUGAGAGAGCAAGAGGCAGAUAGAGUGAUUAAGCUUCCAGGGCAGCCUCAAGUGGGCUUCAAGCAAUAUGCAGGCUAUGUUACAGUCAAUCAGAGCCAUGGAAGAGCACUGUUCUAUUGGUUCUUUGAGGCCACCACUCAACCAGAGAGGAAACCCCUCCUCCUGUGGCUCAAUGGAGGCCCAGGAUGUUCAUCCAUUGGGUAUGGGCAAUCGGAAGAGCUUGGACCCUUUUUCCCUCAGAAAGGAAAACCAGAGUUGAAGUUCAACAAUUACACAUGGAGUAGAGCUGCGAACCUGCUGUUUCUGGAAUCUCCAGUGGGAGUUGGGUUUUCAUAUACGAAUACUAGCAGCGAUAUAAGGGAGCUUGGAGACACGAUUGCAGCCAAGGAUGCCUACACAUUUCUGGUCAACUGGUUCCGAAGGUUCCCCCAGUUCAAGUCACACGAGUUCUACAUCGCCGGCGAAAGCUAUGCAGGGCACUAUGUUCCGCAGCUUUCAGAACUGAUCUUCGACAAUAACAAGAAUGCUUCCCAGGCUGACUACAUAAACUUCAAAGGUUUUAUGAUUGGCAAUGCUCUGCUCGACGACGAGACGGACCAGACGGGAAUGGUCGACUACGCGUGGGACCACGCGGUGAUAUCGGACCGGGUUUACGGCGACGUGAAGAGCAGGUGCAACUUCAGCGACCCUCAUCCCUCCGACGACUGCAACAACGCCCUGAACGAGUACUUCGACGUCUACAAAAUCAUCGACAUGUACAGCCUGUAUGCGCCCACCUGCGUGGAGGGCAAUUCCAGCGUUAGCGCCAUUCGGCAGCUGCCCGUGCUCCACGGCACCGCCCCCCACUUAUUUUCCAAGAUUAACGGGUGGCACAAGAAGCCAACUGGGUACGAUCCAUGCGCAUCUGACUACACGGAGGCGUACAUGAAUAGACCAGACGUUCAGCAGGCGCUCCAUGCCAAUCUCACCAAUAUUCCCUAUCCCUGGACUCAUUGCAGUAAUAACAUUACUUUUUGGAACGAUUCACCCUCCUCCAUACUUCCCAUCAUCAAGAAGCUUGUUGAUGGAGGCCUUCGGGUGUGGGUCUACAGCGGUGACGUGGAUGGAAGAAUCCCAGUGACAGCAACGAGACUAACGUUGCGAAAGCUUGGAUUGAAAACCAUUCAAGAAUGGACUCCCUGGUACACUAACCAUCAACAGGUUGGAGGGUGGACAAUUCAGUACGAUGGGUUAAUGUUCGUGACAAUCAGAGGAGCCGGACACCAAGUCCCUACUUUUAAGCCCCUGCAGUCCCUUCAAUUAGUGAAGCACUUCUUGGCCAAUAAGAAGUUGCCAUCUGGCCCCUAUUAAUUUUCCCCAAUUGUCCUCUUACACGUCAGUGAAAGCCACAGGUUAAUUCGGAGUCCAUCCCAACUGCCCCUGCCUUUUUCCCCUUCUGUUUAGGCCAUUGCUUUCGUCGUUGACUUGUACUUUAAAUUCAAAAGUUAAGAGAUUUACGAUUUAGUAAUUGAAAUGAAGUUGAAUUAAAAUAUUUUUUAUUCUAAUAAAAAAUAAUGUAUAAUUUGAUUUAUAAUAUAUUUUCAUGACACAUUAUGAAUUUAUUUUAAAUCGUAAUCAAAUUUUUAAGAUACAUAAUAUAAUUUAAUAUGUUAUGAGUAAAUAUCUAUUAAAAAAUAAUAAGCUUAAACUAAAAAUAAUCCAAAAUACAACUCAGGUCUGAUUUUUGAGCGACUUAAACGUCUUUUGAAAUCGCAAACUUGCUCUGAGAGACUAGGUCUUUUGAAAAUCAUAAGCUCGGAAAGAUUUCGAUCUCUUGGGAAAAUCUCUUCAAAAGUCUUGAUAUUCAA